GGGGCAAUGGAGGCAUCGGAACUUGGAAUCUGCGGCUGUUGGCGUGCAAAUUUCCUUCUUUUUUUCUCUUUAAUUUAGCCGGUUCUCUUCUUGGUUGAAGUGAUUUCGUACGUUGUUGGUGGAUCAGUGGGAAUUUUCUUCUGCCCUUUUUGAUCGGUUGUUUCAAGAUCUGUGUUUUUUUUUGGUACAAGGCUGCAGGAAAUCAGGAUGGGAGUUCUAGAGGGAGCAAUUAUUUGCCGCCCUGAUAUUCGGGCACAUUACACUGGACUUUCUGCUUCCCUUGUUACUAACAACACUACAAAGGCUAUCCGUCCUCAAAGCAGAAUAUGGGGGUUCAAAACUAGAUGCAAAAGCAUCAUUCAGUUCAGUGGCUUAUCUCUGCAACCUUGUAGUAAGAGACAAUGGCGUGUCCAUUGUAGUUUCAGUUCCUCUUCUGACGGUAACGGAAGCAUGGCUGGCAAUUUUAGUGCAAACGACGAGGAGUAUGUAAACUCCAGUGUAAUGGAAGCUGUUCAGGUCAGAAGUGGAUUGGAUGGUUUCAUGAUAAAGAUGCGUGAUGGUAGAUAUUUACGAUGUGUUCAUAAUAAUCCUCAAGGAGGGCAUCUGCCAGACUAUGCACCUCACCCUGCUAUUGUGUUGAAGAUGGAAGAUGGAAGUGAUCUCUUGCUUCCUAUUAUUGUCUUGGAGAUGCCAAGUGUGUUGCUGAUGGCUGCAAUUCGCAAUGUUCGAAUUGCUAGACCAACCAUUUAUCAAGUUGUCAAAGAUAUGAUUGAAAAGAUGGGAUAUGCGGUUCAACUUGUUAGGGUCACCAAGAGAGUGAAUGAGGCUUACUUUGCUCAACUGUACCUUUCAAAGGUAGGGAAUGAAAAAGACACUAUUAGUUUGGAUCUUCGACCUUCAGAUGCUAUCAAUAUGGCUGUUCGAUGCAAGGUUCCCAUACAAGUCAACAGAAAUCUUGUAUACAGUGAUGCAAUGAGAGUGGUUGAGCCAAGCAAGUCAACCAUGCAGGCUCCUCAAUCAGAUGGAAUGCUGUUCAUGGAACUUGAUAGGCCUGAUGGUCAGCCUUGCUUGGAGGCUGAAGAGUUCGGUUUGAUCCGAAACAUGCUGAUUGCUGCUGUUGAGGAACGAUACAGAGAUGCUGCUCAGUGGAGAGACCAGCUUCAUCAGCUCAGAUCCAAGAGAAAGAACUGGACAUGACAGUUACGGGGAUGUAGAUAAAUAUGGCGCCAACAUGCCUCACACAUGUGAUUGUAUAAAUAUAAAUAUAUAAAAAUAUAUAUAUAUAUGACCACUAAUCUUGUUAAUAUGACUAUCGUUGUAAUACCAUGUUUGUGACGUUUGCCAGUACAUACCGGUGUCAGACAAUGGAUCUUAUUUAAGUGUAUCAGUGGCUCGGGAUCCAUCUCUUUCCGAUUGUUAA